GAAAAUCUUUUUAUUUUCCCAAGCACGAAUUGUUAUUCUCAUAUCUCUCGUCAACAAAUUAUUACAAUAUUCAAGAUGAAGCGCAAGGCAGACACUCAGUCUAAUGGGCAGAAUGGCAAAAGCAUCUUGAAGAAACGUGCAAAGAAAGCAUUGUCGGAUGAAGAUGCAAGGAAGUCUUUCAGAAAAGGUCUUUUCGAUAAAGAGGUCCUCAAGAAAUAUACCAAAGAAUAUGCCAGCUCGGAACCAUAUAAACAUCAAGUUAUCAGCCCAUUGAUUGACGAUGCUCUGCUCCGCGCCGUUCGCAACGAAAUCCGAGAAAAUGUGCAUUUCACACCCAAGGAAACGGAUAUCUAUAAAAUUCAUCAAUCUGGAGACUUGGCAAAUCUGGAUGGGUUGGAUGAUGGUGCGCUGGAAAAAUUGCCUUCUUUGCUCAGGCUACGAGAUGCAUUGUACUCGUCUUCGUUUCGAAAAUAUGUUGCGAAGAUUACAGGCUCUGGAGAAUUGAGCGGGAGGAAAACAGAUAUGGCUAUCAACGUUUAUACUCCGGGUUGUCAUCUCUUGUGUCACGAUGAUGUGAUUGGAAGUCGGAAAGUCAGCUAUAUUUUAUAUUUGACUGAUCCGGAUGUGGCUUGGAAGGAAGAAUGGGGUGGAGCUUUAAGGUUGUUCCCUACUAAAGAGUUCGAGGAUGAUGGUGUGAAAACUGUUACUCCUAGUCCUGACACCUCGAAGAUUAUUCCACCGGCAUGGAAUCAAUUGAGUUUCUUUGCUGUUCAACCAGGUCAGAGUUUCCACGAUGUUGAAGAGGUAUAUCAUGCCGCAAACAAAGAAGAAUUGGAGAAAGAUGGUGGCAGAGUUAGGAUGGCUGUUAGUGGAUGGUUUCAUAUUCCCCAAAUUGGGGAAGAAGGAUACGUUAAGGGGGCUGAAGAAAAAUGGGGGAAGAAUAGCAGUUUGAUGCAAUUGCAGGGCAACCCAGAUAAAUAUGACUUCCCGAAGGAAGAGCCAGUCACUGUGACGGAAUCUACGGCCGAUGAUGCUGAUGAGAAUGGUCUUGAAGAGGCAGAUUUGGACUUCUUACUCAAAUAUAUGGCCCCCACCUACUUGACACCGGAUACCUUGGAGCAAAUUGCCGAACGCUUCGAGGAGGAGUCAAACGUUACUCUUGAUGGUCUUCUAUCUGUCAAAUUCUUAACCAAGGUACGAGAAUAUGUCGAAGCACAAGAAGCUGCAGGUCUGCCAGAUAGCAGCGUCGAAAUCGAGAAAGGUUCUUGGAAGGUUGCUAAGCCACCUCACAAACAUCGUUUCCUUUAUCAAAAGCCAUCCAGUGAAGUUUCAGAUGGUCAAAAAGAAUUGAGCCCAAUUGAAGAAAUUCUCAAUGUUCUACUUCCAAGUCCUCAAUUCCGCAAAUGGCUUGAGAUUGCUACAUCAUGUCAGGUUGAGAAUUAUGAUCUUUUGGCACGCAGGUUUCGCAAAGGUUCAGAUUAUGCUCUUGCAAAGAAUUACGAAGGAGAGCCAAGAUUAGAGGUUGACUUGGGAUUGACGCCCACAACUGGAUGGGGCGACGAUGCUAAUGAUGACGAAGAAAAUGAAGAUAAUGGGGAUAACGAUGAGGAGGGGGAAGAGGAGGAGGAGGAGGAGGAGGAGGAAGAGCCUAAACCAAAAUCCAAGAAAUCAAAGGGCAAAGAAAAGUCAAAUGGCAAGAAAAAGGCACCAGAGCCCAAGAAGGAACCUACGCCAGAACCUGAGGAAGAAGAUGAUGUUGGAGGUCAUUUAGUGUUCAUGGCAGGCGAUGAUGAGAAUGACGAAGAUGCAGCAAUUUAUAAAGCUGCAGGAGAGGAAGAAGAUGAUGGAGUACUUUUCACAAUGCCGGCUUCGUGGAAUAAGAUGAGCAUUGUUUUGAGAGAUAGUGGUGUGUUGAAAUUCGUCAAAUACGUUAGCAAAAACGCAAAAGGCGAUCGAUGGGAUAUCAGCGGUGCUUUCGGUGUUAAAGAUGACGAGGACGAUGAAGAGGAAGAAGAGGAAGAUUCAGGGAAAUCAUCUCAGGGGUCGAAAGUCUCAUUGGAAGAUUCAGAUGAAGAAGGCACCUUUAAUGGGUUCCCUGACUCGGACCCUGAUAGCGAUUCGGAUUAGUUUAAUAAGGACUAUGCGACUGUUCAUUUUAUUUUAUUGGAAAAGAAAUACCUAUCACUGGUCCAGGCCACUACAUCUUGAAAUAUUGCAGUCAUAUGUGGGUCAUAUAUGGAUAAUUGUACUCUACUGCGAAUACAAGAUUCGUGUCAACUUAGCAUUGAUAUUUUUCAGCGUAUCAUAUGAAUGGAAAUGUUGUUUCAACUUUUUUUGUUGCACAUCGAAAUGCAUUUCGCAUUCGUUUAUUUGAGCUACGUGGAGUCUAAUGGCUCUAUUUGGGAAGUGGCUAAGCCAAUGUGUCCUAGGCUGGUGGAAACGCCGAAACAGAUGGGUUUUUAGGUUUGAUUGAGAGGGGGAUGGUUCUUCAGCUGAGGGUAUCUGCAUGGGAUCUGUAAACUUUCAGAUUUGUGCGAGCAGUUCAUGCAUGCGGGUAUCCGUGAAUGGUGAAGCACAGCAUACUGUACAAUACUACAAUUGCUCCUUUGCUAAUAAGUCUACCUACUAGUUUCUAUGUAUGCAAACAAAAAUAGGAGGAAAAUAAAUGCCAUA